AAAUAAAUACUCACAUGAGGAGGCGUGAACGCAUGGUCCAGACCAGAAGACGUUACAGACAAAGCUUCGUCAGUUCUGACCCAAGUUGACGGAACAGACGGUUGAGGGAAUCUCCUAGCAGAGAGGAUCAUGGGAGGAGCCGUGGUAGAUGAUGAGCCUAGUGAUGUCAAGGCACCAGAUGGAGGGUGGGGCUGGGCAGUGCUCGCCGGGGGGUUCGUCAUCACUGGGUUCUCCUACGCCUUCCCCAAGGCCGUCAGUGUGUUCUUCAAGGAGUUGAUCAGGGAGUUCGGAGUGGGAUACAGCGACUGUGCAUGGAUUUCUUCUAUACUGUUGGCCAUGCUCUACGGCACAGGUCCACUGUGCAGUGUGCUGGUGAACAAGUUUGGGUGUCGGCCAGUGAUGAUGGUGGGAGGGCUCUUUGCCUCCUUGGGAAUGGUCCUGGCCUCCUUGGCCACCAGUAUCAUACACAUCUACAUCUGUACUGGAGUUAUAACAGGUCUUGGCCUGGCGCUGAACUUCCAGCCGUCUCUGAUCAUGCUGAAUCGUUACUUUAGUGAGAAGAGGCCUCUAGCUAAUGGACUAUCUGCUGCUGGGAGCCCUGUGGCCCUCUGCUGCCUCUCUCCUCUGGGACAGGUGCUGCAGUACCACUAUGGCUGGAGAGGUGGCUUCCUUAUCCUGGGGGGCCUGCUGCUUAACUGCUGCGCCUGUGGGGCCCUGAUGAGGCCCCUGGUGGGCCCCAAGAAGCCCCAGGACCAGGAGUUGCAGGCUGUGGGCGACGCAGAAAGAAAGCUCAAGCCUAAGAAAAAGCUCCUGGAUUUUAGUGUAUUUAAAGACAGAGGUUUCCUCAUCUAUGCCAUAGCUGCGUCCAUCAUGGUACUGGGCCUUUUUGUGCCGCCCGUGUUUGUGGUGAGCUAUGCCAAGGAGAUGGGGAAUGAAGACACCAAGUCUGCCCUCCUCCUCACCAUCCUAGGGUUCAUUGAUAUCUUCGCCCGCCCCACAUGUGGGCUGAUUGCGGGGAUGAAGUGGGUCCGGCCAAGAUGUGUGUAUCUCUUCAGCUUCGCCAUACUCUUUAAUGGCAUUACCGAUGUGAUCAGCUCACAGGCGACAGACUACCCUGGUCUGGUGGUGUUCUGUAUCUUCUUCGGGCUCUCUUACGGGAUGGUGGGGGCGCUGCAGUUCGAGGUUCUCAUGGCCAUCGUGGGCACAAAGAAGUUCUCCAGCGCUUUAGGGCUGGUGUUGCUCAUGGAGGCUAUUGCUGUGCUGGUGGGACCACCUGGAGCAGGUCGUCUGCUGGACGCCACACAUAACUACAUGUACGUGUUCCUGCUGGCUGGCUGUGAGGUCAUUCUGGCCUCCAUCGUCAUCUGCAUGGGCAACUUCCUGUGCAUCAAGAAGAAGCCAGAUGAGCCUGAGGCCCAUGUAGAGAAUGGAGCCCCCAUAGAGAUGAAGCUCAACAGCCUGUUGGAGGCAGAGGGAGGAGAACAUGAGAGGGCACAGCCGGCGGGGGUUAGGGGUGGUGCCGCAGAGGCAAAAUAGGGAGUGGAAAAGAAUGGAGGGGUGGGAAACCCAGAGACAGCUCUGUGAUGAAGGGAGAUUUGUUAAUUGAUUUUUAAAGAGACUGACAAGCUUUUAUUAAACACUACCAAUUGGGAUGAACAUAAGAAUACACACGCUGGCGGAGGGAGGGAUGAAGAGAAGGAUGGAUUGCAUUGUGUUGUAUGCUUUAAUAUACACAGCAAAUUGGCCAGUGUUACCUUGUGUCUUUUCAGGGUAACAUUUUUGUUUUGAUUCUGGAGUAAAAUUAACUCUAAGGGUUAAAUUGACACUGAGUGGUGUAAUAGAACCCCAGUGUCUGUUAGUAACCGAUGUUGUGAUCCAAAACCAUGACCAUGUUUCCCAGCAUGCUCAAUGCAGGCGAUUUAAAAAUAUAGAUUUUGUGGGGUGGGAGGGGUUGUACAUUGAUUAAUGUUGUGCUACUCAAAUAUAAAUUCCAUACAUUUUUCUAAACUAAUCCAAUGUGUUACUUGAUGUAUUGCACACA